AUGCCAAAGAGAAUUGUAUACAAUAUAUCCAGUGACUUCCAGUUGAAGUCUCUGCUCGGAGAAGGUGCGUACGGUGUGGUAUGUUCCGCAACGCAUAAGCCCACGGGAGAAAUCGUGGCAAUUAAGAAGAUCGAGCCAUUUGACAAGCCGCUCUUCGCAUUACGUACGCUGCGUGAAAUAAAGAUCCUAAAGCACUUUAAGCACGAAAAUAUCAUAACGAUUUUCAACAUUCAACGCCCUGACUCGUUCGAAAACUUCAACGAGGUUUACAUCAUCCAAGAGCUGAUGCAGACGGAUUUGCAUCGUGUAAUUUCCACUCAGGUGCUGAGCGAUGAUCAUAUACAAUAUUUUAUAUACCAAACUUUAAGAGCGGUGAAGGUGCUGCAUGGUUCGAACGUGAUCCAUCGCGAUUUGAAGCCCUCCAACCUUCUGAUAAACUCCAAUUGUGACUUGAAAGUGUGUGAUUUCGGUUUAGCAAGAAUCAUUGACGAAGCAAGUGCGGACAAUUCAGAGGCCACAGGCCAACAGAACGGGAUGACCGAGUAUGUAGCCACACGUUGGUAUAGGGCUCCCGAGGUGAUGUUAACCUCUGCCAAAUACUCCAGGGCCAUGGAUAUUUGGUCCUGCGGCUGCAUUCUCGCAGAACUUUUUUUAAGACGGCCCAUCUUCCCCGGCAGAGACUAUCGUCAUCAAUUACUGCUGAUAUUCGGCAUCAUCGGUACACCCCAAUCAGAUGAUGAUUUGCAGUGCAUAGAGUCGCCCAGAGCUAGAGAAUACAUAAAAUCGCUUCCUAUGUACCCUGCCGCGCCACUGGAAAAGAUGUUCUCUCGCGUCAACCCGAAGGGAAUAGAUCUUUUACAGCAGAUGCUUGUCUUUGACCCUGCGAAGAGAAUUACCGCCAAGGAGGCACUAGAGCAUCCGUAUUUGCAAACUUACCACGAUCCGAAUGACGAACCGGAAGGCGAACCCAUUCCUCCCAGUUUCUUCGAGUUUGAUCACUACAAGGAGGCGUUAACGACGAAGGACCUUAAAAAACUUAUUUGGAACGAAAUAUUUAGUUAG